AAUGCUUGCAAGCACUCCAUCAAUGGCACUAACUGGACCGAAGAGCAACCCAACUCCUUUAAGAUCCAGAUGGAGCUUUCCUGAAUUGGUCACGCCUUCAACAACUGAUCCUCCUCUUCCUCUUAUUGGAGCCCAAAGCACACCGAGCUCCACAAUAGUCCCUUCUUCUCUCGCAAUCCCUGUCGCCGCCGCCAUCAGCGGCCCCGCUCCACGCACCACGUUAUCUGCCGGAACGCCGCCUGCUUUUUUCACGGCUACACCUUUGAAAAGAAACAGUGUGUGGGCAACAAAGUCACCUUCCGUCACGGCCGCUCCUCCUCGUCUUCCUACCGCGACGACAAUGCCUACGAGGCCCGGCUCUUCCAUGACCGCGACGACGGCUUCCGCUCCCGAAACGAGUCUCGUAGCCACAAGCGCCUGGGCGCCUUCGCAAAGCACAUGGAGCGCCGCCGCGGUUCUUCCUCCCACGUUUACGAGGACCUCUAAGGCAACAUCCACCGCUGUACCGGCAGCUGCUAUCUCUCCGUCCAUAACCGCCUCUAUUCUCUGGGGUCCUUUGAUGACCACGUGGACCUCUCCUGAGUGGGUCGCCACCUUUGCAUCGCCCGCCGCUUCCGCAGUAGCGAGCGCGAUAAGCGGCACGGCUGCUCUGAGCACGAGUCGGCGGCGGCGACCCACGAGCACCUUGGGCCCAUCACGGAGCGCCUGGGCCUCGACAGCAGAUUCCACCACUAUCACAAGUCCUCGAAUGGACACGGCGAGCUCUGGUGCAAAGGCAAAUGGUGUCUCUAUGACUCAAAGCACCAGUCCCGUGGUUGAAACGCUGGCUACAAGCACAGUGCCAAUUCUUCCUCCGACCACAUCUACGAUGUACAAAAGCACCUUUGCUAUGGCCACGACCUCAGCUAUAGCCACGGGGAUGCCCGCUACUGUGAGAAGGACGUCAGUGGCCGCCGUGACUACUGAGGCGCUGGCCGCAUCUACCGUCACCGCCACCACCACCACCACCGCUGCUCCAACCUUGGCUCCUUUGAUCGCAACUUCCGCUGGAAGCCCAACUUCAAGUGGACCUUCUCUGCUCACCAUUCCUGCUCCAAGCGCAACUACAAUAGCCCCAAGCACCUCUUCUAAGAUCUCACCUUCUGUUGUACCCACAAGUGUACAAGGCACGCCUUCAGUGUUUCCAAGCACAGGUGGUGAAGCCUCAACCAGCACCGCCCUCCCACAAAGCCUAUCCUUUUCUGCUCCGAGCGCAGCUCUUCCCACACUGCUCAGCAAAACCUCAGUUCCCACCACAUCCACUGUAAUGGCGGCGGCGGCGGCUUCUCCGUGGACUGCUGCCAUUACUCCAAGCAAAAGUCUACUUCCACCUACUUCCACCUGCACAGCUGCUGCGGCGGCCACGAGGACACUCCCAAGCACAAUGACGGGUAUUGCCACGAGGACACUCCCAAGCACAAUGACGGGUAUUGCUACAAGCUCAUCUCUUGUAGCCACAAUUCCAAGUGCCUCUACGAUCCCCCCCACAACCGCCUCUGUUAUGACAACUGCAGUGGCUUCAAGUUCACUUCCGACAAGGACUAUGAGAAUUUUCAUCAUGGCCGCUUCACAAGCCACACCGAGCUCCUCUCUUAGUGUGCCGACGAGCGCCUCUGCCGGGACCUCGACUUCUAUUGUCUCGACGACUGCCUCUUUGACCACUGCGGCAUCUCUGGCCACGGUGACAACUUGUGCUCCACCCACAGCCCUCUCAAGGCCUUCACCAACUCUGAGCUCUGCUGACAAUUCCACACGCAUGUCUUGUAGCGCAAGUGCUACUGUGGCCAAAAGCACCCCGACUGCUGUAGCCGCAGCUCCAUCAGACACUUUUACUAUCUCUCCAAGCACAAGUCCCGGAACCACCGUUGCUGCAGCCGUUUCUACUGACGCCAUGCGAACUCUUGCUGCAACCACAACAACUUCUACAGCGCCAUCUACUGAUGUGCCCGCAACUCCACCAACCGCUAUCGCUCCAACUACAACUCCUUCACUUCGAAGGAUGUCUACUACUGGCAGCACAACCGAAGGUGCUUCAAGUAGACUUCCUACAGCUCCGGCGGUCGUUCCUACUCCGAGCGCAACUACGAUGCGCGCGAGCGCCUCUUUCCGGACGCCGUGGACUGUUGUACCCUCAAUGGCAUAUGUUUCUCGAGGCGCACCUCUUCACCCUGCAACCACUGCUGGCCUCACACAAAGCGCAUCAGCCACAAGUUCUCCUGUACGGGUCCAAAGAAGCUCUGCUUUGACCACAACAACCCCUCGUGUGCCUCCCACGAAGGCUGCGCUUGCUCCAAAUACAAUGCUAACAAGUAGCUCUGCUACCUCAUCACGUCCUGUACCCACAACGUCAGCGGCCUCUGUGCUGCUUCCGACCGCAACGGCCGCUCUCACAACUACCUCGGCAGCCAUUACUCCAAUGUCUCCAGCCACAAGCCUCAUGGCCACAAGUGCCUUUACUACUGGGACUGCUGCUGCCGCCGCCGCCGCCGGGCCGCCCAGUACAGCACUCCCCAUGACAAGGCCAACCACCAUCACCCAGGCCACCGCUUCAGGCUCUCCAACAAGUCCCGGUCUUACAAGAGACACAGCCACCUCACAAAGCACAAUGUCUCGGCCGAGCACAAAUCCAAGCAAUUGUCCAGCUCCGACCACUGCCAUAUUGUCGAAAAGCGCCACUUUAGCAAAAACGACUGCAACCUCACAAAGCACAACGUCUCGGCCGAGCACAAAUCCAAGCAAUAGUCCAGCUCCGACCACUGCCAUAUUGUCGAAAAGCGCCACUUUAGCAACAACGACUGCAACCUCACAAAGCACAAGGUCUCGGCCGAGCACAAAUUCAAGCAAUAGUCCAGCUCUGACCACUGCCAUAUUGUCAAAAAGCGCCACUUUAGCGACGACGACUGCGACCUCCCGGGUUCUCACCGCGACUUCUCCGGGGACUGCAACCGUGACACCUGAGCCGAGCAUAGGUAUACAAAGCACUGCAGUCCUCUCUCCAACCUCCACUUCAGCAAGAAGAAUUCCCGACCAAGCAGCAGAGACAACCUCUCACGUGACUUCAACGUCUCCAGAGGCUGCGGCGGCACUCGGAGCGAUGCUCGCGCCGACUCCAAGCGUAAUCCUGUCGCGUCCGAGAAAGACGUUUCCCUCUCCAGCGGCGCCAAUGUCUACUUCUGCAGUGACAGAAACAUCAGAAAGGACCGCUCCUUCUGCUUCGGUCGUUGCAAUUUCGCCCGUGCCGACCUCAGUACCGACGAGAACUCUGUUCCAAACCCCAAUGACCGCUUCUCCAGUAACUGUUGCAAGUUCUCAAGUGACUGCAAGAGCUGGGACAACUUGGACAGUGACUGCAUCAAGUGUCACAGCAACAAGUCUGGAUUCAUCCCUAACAACCAAGUCAACACGGUCUUCUUCAGGAACCACCUUUUUCUCUCAAACUCUGUCAAGUGCCUUUCCAGUGAUGGCAGCACCUGGGACAUCUUCACCAAUCACGGCAACAAUUAGAAGAAUCAAGGGCUACAUCCCUCCCUCUCCAUUGCUGACAACUUCUCCCGUCUCAAUUCAUGGAACCGCCAGCAAUUUGACUCCAACACUAGGUCCCUGGUCCACAAAAGCCCCUCCUGAAAGAGCAGGUGCUCUAUCACCAUAUCUGACCACUACUUAUCCAAAGCUAGUAUAUGAGGGUCACAAGGGCCACAGCCACCACUACGGCCACAAGGGCCUCCACCGCAGUCACAAGGGCCACCGCGCAGGAGGGGCUCCCUUUCCAUUUCUGCCCACUUCUCCGGUCUCAAGUCGUGCAACAAUCGGCAGUUUGACGCCAAUCCUUGCUCCCUGGUCCUCAAAAUCCCCUCAUGAGAGAGUAGUUGUAGCGCCCCCAUCUCCCAUCGCUUCGUAUCUGAAGAAAAUGUAUGGCGGCUACAACCACCAGCACAAGGGCCACCGCAGUAGUCGCAAGGCCCACCGCUGGGGUCACAAGGGCCACCGCGGGGCUCACAAGGGCCACCGCAGGGCUCACAAGGGCCAGGGCCACCGCUGGGGUCAUAAGCGCGCUGGCCGCCUCAGAGGUCACAGGGGCUUUGGUCAACACAGAGGUCUCAAGGGCUUUGCCCACCGCAGAAAUGUUAGGGCUUACGGUCAUCGCGGAGGUCCCGAGCAGCACAGCCGCCGCAGCUCCGACAAAGUCCGUCCCACGAGAGUCUUCUCCCAAUCGCCGACUCCGGUAUCUACACCUAGAACAACUGGGAGUCCGGCUUCAGCGCCUGCUCCCCGGUCAGAGGAGGGCGGCGGCGGCGGAGGAGACCAUCACGGCCACAAGGAAAUGAGCAGGAUGGCAAAGAUGAGGCUGGCCAGGCAAAGCGACCAUGUCAAAGGCGAGGAGCCCCGCCGAGUCACAUGUUCAAGAUGA